AUGCACCUACCCACCUAUCCACAAAAUCCCAAACCACAUAUCUCCACCAGCGACGCCGCUACGCCAGCUACACCAGCUACACCAUCCGUAUUAUCCAUCCACUCCACUCGUUCCAUUCAUCCCGUACGUUACCACCUCCCAUCACCAUCUACCAUUCACACUGCAAAUCCCACACCACCACCAACCCACAAACCAUCAGACCUUCAGAUCUUACAUGCUAUCCAAACACUCAAGCAGUCAAGCAGUCAAGCAGUCAAGCAGUCAAGCAGUCAAGCAGUCAAGCAGCCAAGCAGUCAAGCAGUCAAGCAGUCAAGCAGUCAAGCAGUCAAGCAGUCAAGCAGUCAAGCAGUCAAGCACUGA